CCACAAUGCAUUAAAAAAAACAUGUCCACGUUCCCUUGGAGUAAAAAUAACAUCCGAUCAUACUUGUUAUUAGGAUCAAUAGUUAGAGGACAAGCGAUGCUCGUGUGGUCCACACACCCGGACGGCACUGCAGAUGGAAGCAGAGCAGCUUGACUCCCCUCCUCCUCCUGCUCCCCCUCCUUCACACGCAUCAUGGACGCAGCUUCCCCAUCCUGCCGCCGUCGCUACAUUUAAACCCCUGAAUCUUCACAAAAUAACGCUCCCAAUUUCCCAGUUUUCCUGGACACGGAGUCAUCAAUGAAGCCUCUGUUUGCUCGGGCUGCGCGGGGCAAAGCCACGAUGAGCCCAUGGAUGCUCUUUGCGAUGCUUGGAUUCUGUGUGGCGCUCGGGCCUGGCAAGCAAGAAGAGGAGGAUUAUGAAGAUGUACCCAUUAAUAAGACCUGGGUCUUAUCUCCAAAGGUCUAUGAGAGCGAUGUGACGAUGAUACUUAACAAACUUCUACAAGGAUACGACAACAAACUACGACCUGACAUUGGUGUGAGGCCGACUGUGAUUGAAACAGCGGUGUAUGUCAACAGCAUUGGACCAGUGGACCCCAUCAACAUGGAAUACACUAUUGAUAUCUUCUUUGCCCAGACAUGGUAUGACAGCAGACUUAAGUUCAACAGCUCAAUGAAACUACUCAUGCUCAACAGUAACAUGGUAGGCAAAAUCUGGAUUCCCGACACGUUCUUCAGGAAUUCCAGGAAAUCGGAUGCGCACUGGAUCACUACACCGAACCGUCUACUGAGGCUGUGGAGCAAUGGGAGAGUAAUGUACACACUGAGGUUGACUAUUAAUGCGGAGUGUUACCUUAAGCUGCAUAACUUUCCAAUGGAUGAGCACUCGUGUCCGCUGGAGUUUUCAAGCUAUGGUUACCCUCGGAAUGAAAUCUUGUAUCGAUGGCAAAGACGAGCAGUGGAAGUGGCCGACCAGCGGUAUUGGAGACUUUACCAGUUUGCAUUUGUAGGGAUGAGAAAUACCACUGAUGUGGCACACACCCAGUCAGGUAGGAAAUUGCAGAUUCGUUGUCUCAUUUCUCAAGAUUUACUAUACCGUACCCUGCCAAAAUUAAUAAAGCAUUUCCGCAUUAUUGUACUCUUUUUAGGAGAAUAUGUCAUCAUGACAAUCUUUUUUGACUUGAGCCGGAGAAUGGGUUAUUUCACCAUCCAGACCUACAUUCCUUGCAGUAUGAUUGUGGUCUUGUCCUGGGUCUCUUUCUGGAUCAACAAGGAUGCUGUGCCUGCUCGCACAUCUCUAGGUAUCACCACGGUGCUCACCAUGACAACUCUUAGCACCAUCUCCAGGAAGUCCUUGCCAAAGGUCUCCUAUGUUACUGCGAUGGAUUUAUUCGUCUCUGUCUGCUUCAUCUUCACCUUUGCUGCUUUAAUGGAGUACGGAACGCUGCAUUACUUCACCAGCAAUAGACAGACCAAGAAGGCUAAAGCCAACAACCACGCACAAAAAACUUCUAGCAUGGUCAGCAUUCAUCCUGGAAUGUCGCUGCUGCAAAUGAACAACAUUAUGCACUAUCACGAUGAGGACGACUAUGCCUACGACUGUUUGGACGGAAAAGACUGCACGAGCUUCUUCUGCUGCUUUGACGACUGUCGCUCAGGUGCCUGGCGAGAAAACAGGAUGCAUGUACGAGUUUCCAAGAUUGAUUCUUACUCCCGAAUAUUUUUCCCUACUGCUUUUGGCCUUUUUAAUUUGGUUUAUUGGAUAGGCUAUCUGUACCUUUAAACCCAAUACCUCACAGAAGAAGGAUUGGAGUUUUGUAUAUGCCAGCAUUUUCCAGAGAAGGAGCUAUUCUCAUAGUGAAUGUUCCCUUUGCAAACAAUUCCAACCUUGCACCGUGCACCAAUGAUUUCUUGUACGGGAAUAUUUUUUAGCUAAUAAAUAAAUCGUGUAAUAUAACAAUUAUGUUGUAAUUUGAACCCAAUAAUAUUAACUGUAGACUUAUAUAAGAAAUAUAUAUGUACUAUUUUGCUCAACUAUGUCGCUCUCAACUGGUAGAACAAAUGUUGAAUGUAGCAAGAAGAACUGAAUGUGGUCCAAUUUAAUUUCCCCAUGAAAAUAUUAUUACGUCAGCGAUAGAAACCGAUGCUUCACGACGCUGGCCGCUGGUACACAAUGUGCUUACAUGUAAGCCUUUUCAAAUAUGCAUUUAAUUUCACUGAUGCAUAUUUAAUGCUCCAUAAUGUCUAUGUGCCAAGCACACUGAAACAACCGCAGGACAUAACAGGACAGUUCAGGUUAAGGAAAUCAGCAAAUACAGAGAACAAACCAACAAAAGUCGAUACCAACAACACUGUUUAGUAGGGGUGGGCGAUACUGCAAAUUUUGGUUUCGGUCCGAUUAAGGGCUAGCAUGGCUGAUACAAAUACUGAUACCAAUACUAACAUCAUUGAAUGAUUUUGUUAAGAAUGUCUUUUAACAGGAACAUUUUUUAUCAAUUAAGUUAUUUAUGAACAAUGUUACCAUACAGAAAUACAACAAUAAGGCCUAUAACAAAAUAUCAAUAAAAUAAUACAAUUACAGUGGAACCUUGGCUAACGUCAUUAAUCUGUUCCAAAAGGUCCGACUCUAACCAAAACGUACUCCAACCGAAUCAAUUUUCCCCAUAAAAAAUCAUGUAAAUCCAAUUAAUCCGUUCCAGAAAGCCAAAAAUGUAAACACAAAACACGUUUUUAUAGUUUUACAAUCAUAGUUUAACAUGCAGGAACAAUUUGAAAAGAAAAAAAAACACAUAUAAAUGAUGAUUGAAAAAGGUAAAUGAGCAUUUAAGAUUACUUUUACCGUCAUUGAAUGAAGUCAAGUCAUUAUUCAGUCACACACUGGUGGUGGUAACUUACAUCUGGAGCCACAGCUGCCCUGGGGUAGUCUGACGGAAACGUGGCUGCCACCAAACAUUCAUUCACAAAAGAGGGAGCGGGGAUCAAACCGCAAACGUUACAGUUUCUGGACGACCUGCUCUACGUCCUGAGCCACUGCCGCCCUCUGAUUGAAUUGCCGCAUUGGACACCACCUUUGUGUUUUGCCAUGAGUUAUUUCUAGAAUUCAGUAAUGUUUCUCAUCUCAAGCCUCUGCUUUUCUUUUGAUCAGGGCUGCAAAAUAACCCAAAAUGGAGGCAAAGAAAGUUUCAAGUGCCAGCAUUUUGAUAAAGACGGUGAGGAACACCGUUGAAAUCAAGAAAUAACUCAUGGCAAAACAGGAAGGUCCGUGUGUCGUGCCAUCGUGUCUUUGGCAACACAUCAUCGCAUCUUCAAGGUGAAAGUAGCCUUAAAUGUUCAUUUAUUCCAUUCAUUCAUCAUUUUAGAAUUACUUUAUGCAUUUAAACUAUAAUUGUAAGACUAUAAAAACGUUUUUUGUGUUACCAUUUUUGAGAUUUUUGGCGUAAUUGUUAGUGAGCAGAGGACUACAGGUUCAACCACUUAUGACAUAAUAGACGGGCGACAGAGCUGAUUUCCAGUUCCUGUUUCCAUGUAUUAGCAAGCUAAUAGGAUGCUAACAAGGACGUUUUGUGAUUAAAAAAACAAAAAACAAAAAAACCUUAAGAACACAGUUGGACUCAGGCAUUGUACUAAUAAAACGACACAACACACGCCAUAUUGUACGCUAACCAGAAAAUAUACGCGAAACGAGGCAAAAUUUUGGAGGAAAGUUUCAACCUUAACCGAACAACAUGCUAACCAGGGCGUACACUAACCGAGGUUCCACUGGAUUCCCAUUUAUUGCAUAUAAUUGUUUAAGCAAAAUAAAGUCAAUAAUGCACAAUACUGUACCUCAACAGAAAAGCAAUUCAAAGCCUUGGACUUUUUGCCCCCAAAGCUCUCCUAUGUCCAAGUACCCUUAGCAAAAAGUAGUAUACUUAAAGUUCAUUUCAUUAAGUAUCCUACAGACCGUGUACUUUUAGUGUAAUAGAACGUAUACUUAUUUAACACUUUUUCGGACUGAAACGGAACAUUUUAAGAUUAAAAAAAUAUACUUAUCAAGUUAAUUUUAAGUCUGCAAAAGUAGACUUUAUAGCAUACAACAAGUACACUCAUCUGUAUACAAGCAAUGUACUUGGUAUACUGUAUGUAAGCCGCCUGCUUCGCACUGCCCGAGCCGGGGCUCCACACAGUGUGCCGUCCUCACAACACGUCACUGAUGCUGCUAGACAGCCAGCGAACCAAUAAAGAAAACAACAUACACAAGGCUUACUUUUCUUGCGUCAGUGAAGCUUUGCCGUGCAUGUAUGCGUGCGGUCACUGUAACAUACCAAAAAUGCAAUUACUAUCUAUAAACAUACAUUAAACAUAAGUACCUAGCUAAAACACAGGGAUACAUAGCUAACAGCUACAUCACACCAUCAAGUUUACAAACACAUUCAAAUACUAAUUCAGGAACAUUUGAGAUCGAUAUCUUAAGUACUUUGUACACAUAGGUACUUACAAAGACGGAAGUUUCCCAAGGCUCAAACGUUUUAGAGCAAACACAGCUUGUUUAUGAGCUUUUUCAAACUUCCAUCUUGCGUUGCUAGCUUGUACUUCACAGAGAGAGGAAAACAGUCAAAGAUUGUCCAUUAGCGAGAAGAGCACUCACUCUUGCUGUCACUGAAACGAUUCAUUUUUGGAGAACAUGUCUCACUUUUAACUUUUUAACCAUAGCUUUUUAACCAUUUUUACUACACAUACUACUAAACAUAUUUAUUUACCAGCUAUGAACCCGUUUACACAUUUUAAAUCAACUCAGAAAUCACAUGAAAACACUGUUUUAGACCCAAAGACAUGACACACAGAACCUUCGGAAUGAGAGACAAGAGCGCUAACCCAGAGACUGUCGAGCGCUGUUGGUAACUUUCCUGUAAGAAAAGCAACUGUUGGCUGUCCUAAAAGUCGCCAAAUGACGCCAUCGUCUAAUUUGCAUAAAAUUUGCAUAUCACGUUGUAAAAUGCUGCAGGUAAAAAGCAUAAUAUCGCAGGAGAGACAAAAAAAGUGAGUAAAAACACCUUAAUUGCGUGCAGAACUACAAAUAAACUUGAUUAUCAGUUUGUUCAUUUCAAAUUGUACAUCAUUUCAUCAAAAUAAAAUAAAUAAUAUUUUAUCUCGGCCAGCACCUCUCAAAGUUCUCCUAUCACACGUUGGCAAUUGAAAACUUAAUUACUUAACUAAUUACUCACUUAAAUUAGCACAACUGAACAGCGAAUAAGAGAUCCUACCGUGUUUAUUCUAUGGCUCACAGUAACAGGACAGAUGUGCUUCGUGAGUAACAGCACACUCUUCUGGUGAACAUGUGUAAUUGCGAUUCAUUUGCCCUUUGGAUGCGCAGAGCUCCACAUCACGGCUUGCGACUGCACCCGCCGCUUCUCAGUGGGGACACAAAAUGCAGAACAAUACCGCUUUCACCGUAUUUGAAAACUCCCCAACGACGUCGGAAAAAUUUGUUAGAUUUGUCGCUAGUCGCUUUUGAGAAAAUAUGUCGUGAAGGUUGGUUGGAAUGUCGCCAGAUCUAGCGACAGUAUCGUUAGUUAUUAUAGUUAUUGCGGUUACUUAAGUAAAGAGUUUGGCUUCUCAAAAAGAUAUGCGUUCGAGAGGGUGAUGCGUUUGCAUCACAAAAAACGCCUCCCUGAAAAAACUCAGACCUCACAAAUCGCUCGGCUUUACUUCCUCUGACGUCGUAUUAAUCUGCGCGCUCAGCUGUCCACUGAUGAAGAUGGCUGCGACCCUCUCAUCUUCCUCCGCUGUGGAACACAAACGCAAACAAGAUGGCUGCAACGCUCGCUGCGGGUGCAUCUGCAUCACGUACACAACAAUGGACAGCCGAUUGUGUGCAUUAAUAUGACGUCAGAGAAAGUAAAGCCGAGGGAUUUGUUAGUAUAAGUGUGCUAAGUAUGCUAAGUAUACUUUGUGGCAGAAAGACAUAAAAAGUAUACAUAAAAAGUAUACUAAAGUAUGAGCAUUAAAGUGUAAGUCUUCGUAUUAAUGUACUUAGUCUUAUGCUUUUCGGUUUGAGCCACGUAUACUUCACUGUACUAUUCUUGAGUAUAUAAAAUAUAGUUUAUAACAAGCAAUUUGGGCAAUCCAUCGGUGCUCUCUGGUGUGUUGUGUUAUUGUAUUUACUGCUGCUACCACUAGAGGGGGUUGUAUGCUCAUGUUGAAGACGUGUACUGCUCCCCCUGCCUGUACCAGCAUAUUAGGACCCCACAGUAGGCAAUAGAUAAAUACAGAGCCACCACAGUCCUUACUGACGAAGGGAGAACCCGCCCAUUGUGCUCUGCGUCCUGAUUGGCUGUAGACCAUUGUCAAUCAAUCUCCUUCUGCGUGAGCUGCUUGCUGACCGGCAAUAAACAAUAGAAGAAGAAGAAGAAGAUAACCGGCUAAAUGAAUCUUUGGUUCACGGGGGAGGACGACGGCAGGUGCAAUAUGUUUUAACAAGGAUAGAAAAACGCGUCAGGACGAGGCAAGGUCACCCGAGAGUCACUUCAUCAUUUCUUGUGUCCAACCUAGUAGAUUUACCAUUAAAAUUCAACCGGAAUUUGAACUUUGAGGGUGUUUAAAAUGUGAGAAAAUGUUAAUGCCUGCCUGACAAGCGUGUAUAACGUCUAUGCCGAGGGGUUUUACAGCCUUAAAGCAUAUAUAAUAAAUGUAAACGCUAAACGAGUACACUUGAAUACACUUCUUUUUGCUAAGGGAUGCUUAUUCACUGAGGGGAGUGUUUGUUUGUAGCAUAACUACAAAGCCAAAUAAACAAACGUGAUACUCACUCAGCAGCGUUACAUUUGAACCAAUGCAAUUCAGACUCAAUUCUCCCAUCUGAUAAACUGCACUUAUACCUUGAUGAGAUUAACACAGUAUGUCUGUGUACAUCUAUCUAUCUAUUUAUCUAUCUAUCUAUCUAUCUAUCUAUCUAUCUAUCUAUCUAUCUAUCUAUCUGUGUAAAUAACUCAUUGUUGAGACGACACAUUCGUAACCGUUUUUAAAUGUUACGGCAGCUGGGAAAAAAAACGGAUUCAAAACUAAAGUCCAAGCUGUCUGUUGGCCAUGCAAAUAUCGUACGAAAGGAAGAAUGCACUAAAAUACAUAACAAUAAUCUAUGCAAAGAUGAACACUGUUCUCUACAGGCGUGGUUUGAACGACUCAGGAGGUAGAGUGGUUGUUUCCCAACCCAAUGGUUGCUGGUUCGAUCCUCGACCCCACUGGAAUCAUUCGACUUAUUUAGACAUUUUAACAUUGCAUUUUUUCUUCCCAACGUUUUCAAAAAAGUCUGCGAAAAGUGAAAAUUUAAAUGUUGCCCCCUGCUGGUGAAAAACAAUGUAACAUUUUGCAUUACCGUAACCUUCCACUCGUCCGAUAGGGUGACAUGUUUCCUCGGUCCUCGUGCAGUCGUUCAAUAUGUUUACACAUUUCAACACUCGUUUUACAUUUUUGCAUUGCAAAUUCUGCGUUUUAUGUCGGCUAAUUACUGCCGCAUCAGAAUGUUUUUCUUGAAUUCCCUCAUUAUCCAUAAUUUAGUAUUUUCUGUGACAUUUUUCCCGAUUGAAAAUGAAUGGACAAUUUCAAUUGCGCCACCUAAUGGUGGAAAUUCAUUUUACACGUUGCAAUACAUGUAACAUGUAAUAAGAUUUUAACACAUUUCUAGGAUAUUUCGACAUUCAUUCGACAUUUCGGUUCAGCUUUAGGAUCUCAGCAUUCACAUGCAAUUCCUACUGUGAAAAAAGAAAUCAGUCGAAAAAUGUAUUUAUAAAAAUAAAAAUAAAAUAGCAGAGAUAAAAUAACAAUACCUAAAAAAUACACAAUUUUAAUAAAGAAAAUGCUAAUUCUCACAGUGAGCCUGUGCAGUGAUGAAGGGGGAAAAAUGUUAAUAAGGAAUAAAUAGAACUUUAAAACAAAACAAAAAAUAGACCAAUAAGUGACUAAGAAAAGUAAAUCCAGUGGGAAUACAAAAAUAAAUUAAUAAAUACAAACUAAAAUAAGAAAUUCAGGGUUAGUUUAUUGUUUUUGAUGACUUUAUUCCAGGAUGAGCAACAACAUUAAUUGCAUUAAUAAUUGCACUUAGUAGAUUUAGCCAGAUUUAAGUAGGCAUCCCUUCUGCACCUUUGUGGCAAAAAUACUAAAACUAACGUAGUAAAACUGUUAAAUUGUCAUAAAUCAAUAUUUUGUCUGCUUUGUUUUCCAUAAAUCAAUUAAACAUCUUCAGACUUGCUCAAAACUACCAAACAUUAGAUUAUAUUCAGGAUUUUUACACUUUAAAUGUCAGUCUAAUCAUUUGUUAUAUCAUAUAAAUUAUCUAUAUAAUUAAUUAUACAUAUAAAAAACAGUAAUUAAAAAAAAAAUACAAGAAUUAAAUAAAACGGUCAUAAAAACGAGGACAAUUCCAUACUUUUAUCCCUGUGGAUGUCUUGCACACUGGAAGGGGCGUUGCAAAGGAGGGAGAGACAGGCUUAUUGGGAGGAGGAAGUCUCAAUGACAAGAGCGCUACGCUGAUUAGUUAUCCCUUUCCAUUUCAUAGGAGCAGAUCCUUUCACAUCCUUGAUGGUUAUGAUGUCCAAUUUCACUUGAUUUUUCACUUUCACUUUCCUUUUCCUUGAUGCAUUGCCAUCAGAAGAGUCUGCCUCAUGCUUUGGAGACAUAGUGAAGGCGGAAAAGGUUAAAAAGCCGUAACACAGACAAAAUGAUCACCAAAAAACAUAUUUUUUAAAGAAUCCAAAGCGACUCAUUAAAACCUCGUUAAACUUCAAAUGUGGCUUUUUAUUUAGCUUAACCAGCUGAAUUUGUACCAUGAGGAAAAUCAGUCGACUCACUCUCAUGUUUUUUUAUUUUAAAUGUAUCAGAAUGCAUUGAAAGUCGUUCUGGUUUUGAAUUUUACAAAUAGAAUAUAUGCUUCAAUUGACACCUUUAUCAAUACAGCGUUUUUCAUUGCAUACCAACUGUGGAUACCGUUUGUCUUUUGUACCUAUUUGCUCCGCUACUGACUAUGGUAAUGGUAAAAUAUGUUUUGAAAUAUUUGCAUGUUUUCAGACAGUUAUAUACACACUGUAGUACGUAACUAUAUCUUAAUAGGUGUGGGAGAUGCUGCAAAUGUUGGUAUCAACCCGAUACCAAGUACUGUAAAUACGGGGCCAGUAUUACCAAAUAUUUGAAGAUUAGUUAUUUGUGAUUUGUUGAUCCAUACACUAAUUAAAAAAAAAACACAGGACAAAGAUUUUAAGCAAACCAAAUAAGUUUUUGGGUCAACAAAACUAUGUGUUGUAACACUAAAGUCAUCCCUUGACCUUCUGGAAGAAGGCUACACUUUGGCAUUGUUUUUCAAAAAUAUAUUAAUAUUAAUAAACUAUCACUUUUGUGGGGUUGAAUACAGUCUAUUAUUUACGACGGAGUAUUAGGGCCACAUUGAAAAAAACAAUCUGAGAUUUCGAAAAAAAAAGUUGCACAAUUACGAGAAGAAUGUCGAAAAUAUACGGGAAAAUAAGUCAUAAUAUUCCAAGAUUACGACUUCAUUCUCGUAAAGUUACGACUAGGCCUUGGGUAUGUGGAGGGGGCGGGGUAAGGACGGGGGACGUGAGAAGGGCUCGACAUGCUAAUCUGUGCUCAACUGCUGUUUUGCUGCCACCUUAUAAAUAAAAGCUUGCCUGAUGAGGAAAGUUUCCUUCCUUCCUGACGAGCUAUGCUCUCUUUUCCUGUGGCACGUAACAUUACCACUUUAUUCUCCUAAUAUUACGACUUUUUUCUCUGAAAUGUGUUCUUGCAAAUUUACAACUCGUAAUAUUAUUUUACGACUUUAUCCUUGUAAAUGUAUGACUUUUUUUCUCGUAAAUUUACAAUUUUAUUCUCGUAACAUUACGACAUUCUUUCUUGUGAAUUGACAACUUUAAUCUCGUAAUACUACAACUUUCUGUCUCGUACAUUUCGGACUUUUUUUCUCGUAAUUGUACAACUUUAUUUUCGUAAAUUUACGAAAAUAAAGAAUUUUCUCAGAAAUUUACUACUUUUUUCUUGUCAAUUUCCGACUUGAUGCUGGUAAAUUUACGACUUAUUUUCUCGUAAACUAACGACUUUACUCUCGCGAAUUUACGACGUUCCUCUCGUAAAUCUAUGCUUUUUUCUAGUAAAUGUACAACUUUAUUCUCGUAACAUUUCCUCGUUAAUUUAAAACUUUAUACUCCUAAAUCUACAACUUUAAUCUCUAAAUCUCAGAUUUUUUGUUUUAUUUUUGUACUUUAUUGUUAUUAUUUAUUUUUUUAACAUAUUUUUAGUUUUUUUUUUCACAUGUGGGUUAAAAACAUGUUGGGUUAAAAAAUUAAAAAGUGGUCCUUAUAUCUUUUAAUUUUUUCGUAUGUGGCCCUCGGUGGAAAAAGCUUGGACAUAAGCGUCAGCACGCUGAUGUUGCCUUCAAAACACCCAGUAUGGUGAGCGUGCAACGCCGGGCACUCACCACCCUCAAUAGUCUACUUAGCGAAGGCACAGACCUUUUGAAACGCAGCCUAUCAUUCAAAUAUGUUCUGCUCUGUUUUGCACAAUGUCACUAAUACACGUCAGAAAUCCCGAUGCACAGCUGAGCUUGUAAAAAAAUAAAAAAUAAGCCUGUUAGAACAACAUGCGGAUGUUCACUACAAAGGCAUGAUGGUGUGUUGCAUUCAACCUAAGCCAUAUGAACACAUUUGUCAGCUGUAUGCAAUUCCAUCCUCUGUAAAUGUUGGUCAUCUUGUAUCGUGAUUUCUCAAUAGACUGUGAAAAAAUAAAGCAGUGCCUGAAAACAGUCAAACGGGGAUUUGAUGUUGAUGUCCAUCGCACGCAGCCGUCACCUGGUCCUUGAACCAGGGCUGUAUUUUAAAAGAAAACUGCACUUUUUUGUAAU